GUUGAGGGUAGAAUUGCAAGACAAUGGUGCCAUCGUCUCCCUUCGCAUCCCAGGGAAAGGAAGACAGACCAGCAGAGAAGAAGGUGACUGCGUAUUUCGCCAAGGGGGAGUAAAAUCUCCUGGAUCCAGGAGCUUUGUACAAGGAAGCCACAAUGGAGAGUUGUGGGAAUCUGCACUCUGCCUCAGACAGAAGGACAAUGAGAAUUCUGUGGAGCCACCUGAGGUGUUGUCAGAAACGGCCAACCAUUCAGUGGGGAAGGAGCUUGGUAUUCAAAGGGGAUGGAAAAAGCACAUGGGAAACCAACCAAAGGCAGGGAGGAAGAGAUUCUCUGCUUCUCAGGGUGCCAGUGUCCACAAACUCCUAAUCCCACAGGAAGAUCAGAAAGGAAAUAGAAAAGAAAAAUGCCCGGUGUGUGGGAAAACAUUCAAAGAUAAAUCAAACUUGAACAGGCAUUGUAGAACCCACACAGGGGAGAAACCAUAUGAGUGCCUGGAAUGUGGAAAGAGCUUUGGUCACAGCCACCAUCUUACCGUUCAUCAGAGAACUCACACUGGGGAGAAACCCUAUAAAUGCACAUAUUGCGGAAAAGCCUUCAGCGAUAGCGGAAGCCUUACUACCCAUGAAAGAAUUCAUACAGGGGAGAAACCAUACAAGUGUACGGACUGUGGAAAGAGCUUCAGCAACAGCGGAAGUCUUCAUACACAUAGAAGGACUCACACGGGCGAAAAACCGUAUAAGUGCCUGGAAUGUGGAAAGAACUUCAUCCACAGUGGAAGCCUUCAUGCACAUCAGAGAAUCCACACAAGGGAGAAAAUGUACACAUGCGUGGACUGCGGGAAGUGUUUUGCUUCCGGCAGCCCCUUUAACACACAUCCCAAAACCCGCACAGAGGAGAAACCUCAUAAAUGUAUGGCGUGUAGAAAGAGGUUCAUCAGUAGUGGAAGCCUUAAUUCUCUGCAAAUAUUUCACCCAGGGGAGAAACCAUACGAGUGUGUUGUGUGUGGGAAAAGCUUCAUUGACGGCAAAAGUCUGACUGCGCAUGAAAUAACUCACACGGGGGGGAAGCCAUAUAAGUGCCUGGAGUGCGGGAAAAGCUUCCGCCAAAGCUAUAAUCUUACAUCACAUCAGAAAACUCACACCGGGACGAAACCUUAUAAAUGCAUGACGUGUGGGAAAAGCUUUAGUCGUAGUGGGAGCCUUCUUUCCCAUCAGAGAACCCACACAGGAGAGAAGCCCUAUAAGUGCAUGGAGUGUGGAAAGAGCUUCAUUGAGAGCCAGCAGCUUACCUUACAUCAAAGAACUCACACGGGAGAGAAGCCCUAUAAAUGUGUGGAGUGCGGGAAGACCUUCAGCACGAGCGGAAGCCUUAACAGACACCAAACGACUCACACAGGGGAGAAGCCCUUUCAAUGUGCUGAGUGCAGGAAGAAUUUCAGCCAGAGGACACACCUUACGAAACACGAAAGAACGCACACAGGCGAGAAGCCCUACAAAUGUGCGGAGUGCGGGAAAAGUUUCAGCACGGGCGGAAGCCUUCACAGACAUCAGACGACCCACACAGGGGAGAAACCUUUCGAAUGCGCGGAAUGCGGGAAAAGCUUCAGUCGUCGAGGGAAUCUUAAUACACAUCAGAGAACCCACACAGGGGCAAAGCGACGUAAACGUGUGGAAUGUGAGAAAAGCUUUGGUGCAGGUGGCAGCCAUACCUCGUAUCAGUGGAUCAGUGAAGAUGGUUAGCUGUUUCUGGUAUAAAUAUCUGUAUUAAUGUGCAUUUGUUAGUUUCAAGAAUGAGGGUAGCCAUGAGGGGCAAGACUUUUCUGGCGCCUGAAAGACUGAAACCAAUUUAUUGAGGCAUAAGCUUUUAUGGCCUAAAGUUCACAUCAUCAGCUACAUGGUUUUAUCUCGGUCAGGAGGCACUCUCCAAUUUGUGCACCCCCCUCAAUUUUUGUGGGGGUUCCAUUCCAGGUCACUGUGCAUGUCAACAGUGCACAGGUAAGCCCACCACACCCCAUUGCACCCACUUCCAGGGCCAAAAAUGGUAUACACCUGCUUUGAACACGUGGUCUGUGUGUGUGGUUUGGGAGCUGCAUGGUCAGGGGAAAAACAAUGCUGUCCAGGGUUGUAAAGACUGCGGAG